AUGGACAAUACAGAGUUCAAUACUUUCAACUUCUACACAAGAGAGCUAUCCUUUAACCUCUCUGAAGACAUGACUCUUAACAAAGACCUAGAGAAUGAACUCUCAAAGUUGGAAAGAAGCAAUACAAACCCCUUAUUCAAGAGUGAAGAACUUUUACUCUCUCAGGAAGACUUUAAGGACCAAAAUUUCGAAGAGAUCACUUUGAACAAUUCAUUUAAUUUAGAACAAUCACCAGUUUGUGCCAUAAAUUUUGAUGAACCAUCAAUGAAGCAAGAUGUGCCCUGCUUGAGUUUGGAAGCAACAAGUCACAGUAAGGAAAAUAUUUCGGAAAGGAAAGAAAAGCAGGCUCUCCAAUGGAAAGAGAACGGAAGGCUUAAUGUCAUCAAGAAGUCAUCAGUCAGAAUGAUCAAAAGAUUUUACCAUAGACUCUUCCUACGAGACAAUAAGACUCUUGUGAAGAAAAGAUUUGUUAACAGCAAGGCUUCCUUAAUCUUGCAAGCAGCAAUGAAAUUUACAAAGAAAUAUCUGAAGAUCGAUAGUGAAAGCUUUGCUGUAUAUCUUCUCAAAGUUAUUGGAGUAAAGUACACUCAUUCUGAUAGCUCGCAUGAAGAAGCUAUUAAAGAAGCAGAUGACUAUAAAAUGCUAUUAAGUAACUUCUCGAACCCGAGAUUUGACCAGAUUCAAGAAUCAAAGUAUUUCCAAAUCUUGGUAGAGUAUAUAAUGAAAGGAUCCCUACCAGAUUCCAAGAAAUCAUGCUAUCAACACUUGUUAGAGACUGAGAAGAAAUACAUUGAGAAGAAUCCCAAGAAUUAUUCAGAUGUGUUCCAAAUCUUAAAUAAUCAAUAAUUACUACUUUUUUUGGUAAAAUAAGUUUUGCC